AGUUGAAGACCGAGAACAAUUGCUGCAUACCGCUGGUAGACAUGAUGGUGAUGAAUCGCUCAUUCAAGAAGACUUCUUGUGGUGCCAUUUUUGCUUUUUCGGUGCUGAUGUAUGCUUUGAUAUCGAUGGGAAUAAUCGAAUCGAUGCAAAAAGAGCACAUGAAAUUUGUUUCAAGAAUAGGAUUUGGAAGCUCUGCUUUGCCAGCAAAGGGUGAAUCACGAGCGCAAGAAGAUAAGGGGGAAGAAAUAACUUUUCAUCCUUUCGAGAACAAAUGCAAGUUCCCGAUCUCCAAUAUUUAUCCGGUGGACAUAUCGCACUACCAAGUUGCGGAACGUCUGCGACAGCUGCAGUGCCCGUACGAGAAUUACGAUUUUGCCACUAUGGACAGUGAAGGAUACAUGUAUGUUCAUCCACACUUCACGAAUUAUCCUAACAAAACCACAAACGUGACUUGUAAAGUUGUUUUUGUGGAAGGAGCGUUGAGGAAUAACAGAACAAACAGAGGAAAGGACGAGUUUAGAGAAGUCGCAGUUGUAGAGGCUCCUCAAAACAAACGAUUUCUUGCCAACGGUGAUGCAUUCUAUAUCCGCUGCUACGUAAAUGGUGAGAAGGCCUUCGAGCAGGUGUAUCCUGGUAUAAGAGAUUUGGACAAGGAGCGUCACAAGGUGUAUUUGGUGAAGGACAUGCCGUCCUUUGAUGAUUACGGUAGAAGACUCCACGGGCGCCCACAGCAAAAGCCCGUCCAGCGUUAUUCCAUCGAUAUUCUUGGGUUUGACUCAACAUCGCGAACGAUGUUUAUGCGACAUUUGCCACGUAGCAUGGAGACGAUGAACAGAUUAGGUUACGAGCUGUUCUACGGAUAUAACAAGGUUGGGGAUAACUCAGAAAUAAAUAUUGUGCCAAUUCUUGCUGGAGAUCUCCCUGAAGCUCUAGUACGACCGAGACUGAACAAGUUUCGCGAUAUCAACACUAAUUGGAUUUUGCCAAAACGACGGCAUCUUGAUCCAAAUAAACUUCCUUUUCUUUGGAAGAUGAUGCGAGACCAAUUUGGAUGCCGUUCAAUGCUGAAUGAAGACAUUUCCAAGAAAAUGUUUGGAUUGUUUCACUAUCCUCCUAAAGAUUUCCUUCCUGGAUUCACAUCACCACCUGCGGAUCACUUUUAUCGCGCUUACUACCUGGCUGUGUACAAGAAUUGGCUAUAUACACAGUGCAAGGAUGGCGAUCAGGUCCAGCGCAGAUACGUAGAUCUUUGGCGACGAUUUUCAAAUAAGUACAAAGAUGUGUGUCACUUUGGUUUCACAUUCAUGUCAACCCUGUCCCAUGAAGAGGGUUUUGUGCUCGAAGUAAUGGAUGAGCAAGUUUCAUCUAGUCUCGAGAACCUCUACUUUACAGGAGCAUUGGAUAGAGGAAUAAGUGUUAUAAUGGGUGAUCAUGGUAAUCGUAUUGGAUUGGUUCAAUACUCUUACAAUGGCAGAAUAGAAGAGCGUAUGCCGCUAAUGGCAAUUCGUUUGCCUCCGGACUUCAAGAAGAUUUAUCCGAAAGAAUAUGCAAACUUCCUCAACAACAAAUGGAAACUGACGAGCAAUUUUGACAUUCACCAAACUCUGAAAGACUUCGCAUUGAUGAGUUUUGGAAGCGCUAGAAGACAUGCCACGCGAUCAUAUGGUCGAGGGAUUAGUCUGUUUGAGGAAAUACCUGCUAAUAGAACCUGCAUGGACGCUUACAUUCCUGAAAACUUCUGUACGUGCAUGAUAAACCGCGCGCAUACAUCGACAAGAAAAAGGAAAGUAGGCGAAGUAGAAAAGAAAUUAGUUGAAAGUAUACAAGUCUGGAUCGAAAACGACAACGAACUUACAGACUGUCUCGAGGAAGCAAACAUCACAAUAAUUGGUGACGCCUCGGUGCUCGGUCUGAAUGCGUUUGCGAGGUAUGGAACGCGGAGGAGAGGAACUUUCAAAUACGUCACAAGGAUCUUGAACAUGCCUCCGAAUAUGAACUACCUCCACCAUGAAAUCACUGUUCGUAUGGAAACAACUAUGAAGAGAGGAAUGAUUCGUGUUCUGUUUCGCAUAGAGGAAGCCGUAAGAGACAAUGUCUUCAGAGUGGUGCUCGAACCGCUCGUGCAGUACGCACCUAGAUGUUACGCAAAAUCAAUAUUCAGCGUAUGUAGAUGUUUAUCAAAUACUCAAGCUGCCAACACGUGACGAGUACUUGAAAUUGAAUAAGAAUCUUUGCUUAAUGCUUUUACAAAAUUGGUGUUGACAUGCUCUCGGACUUUGAACCAUUAGGCAUCUGUACUUGUUUAUGAUUCGUUUUAUUGUCAGCUCUUGAAUUUCCCUCAAUGUAAUUGUAAGCUCAAAGCUUCACUGGCAAUCAGUCUGUGUGAACUUUUUGAAUCGCCCUGAAAUCUACACUAUGAAUGGAGCAAAUUGCUGCAAGUGUCACAAUAUGCUUUCCUGGGAUCUUGAUAGCAACUAUUCGAGACGCACGCCAUAUUUGUCCACUUCAAUCACUUCAUCUGCUUCUAGACAAUGUGGUUACCCUUUCGGACCUGGUGGUGGCAACUGCCACAUCAAUUCAGAGAUAAAGUUGUACUGCCGCAAGAAAACCAUUUUAUUACUCAUAGCUAUAAAACGCUUCAUAUAGCCUUUGCCUUCCAAAUG